AUGAGCCUCCCCCAGCUGAAUAAGCUGGGCAUCCUGGAGCAAGAGGCCAUCCGUCGACUUAAAGGAGAAACUUUGAUUGACAUCAGUGUUGGAUCCUUCGUUCAUCAUCUUUUUGAUAUCAGUGAAUAUUUUAAAGAGAUCAUUAUACUAAAAUUAACAGAGUCAUGUAUUAUGGAACUCAACAAAUGGGUGAACACCCGCACUGGGGCUUUUAAUUGGAAUCAUGCAUUUAAGAUUGUUACCGAGCUGAAAGGCAUCAGUGACCCAGAUUGUUCUUGUGAAAAGGAAGAAAACUUAAAGGAAACAAUUAAACGUAUUGUGAAAUUCGACUUCAGCAACGAAAAUCUCACCGAUCCGGAGGUGUUACCACCAGCCGACUGUCUAAUCUCAGCGUGGAUGCUGGAAGCGGUCUGUCAGGACCAACAAGAUUACAUCAGAAACCUGAGGAAGAUGUCAAAGUUCCUUAAACCUGGGGGAACACUUAUUUUAAUUGUAAACUUAAACUGCACAUAUUACAUUGUUGGUAAUGAUAAGCUACAUGUAUUUAAUAAUAAUGAAAACUUUGUAAAAAAGACCCUCACUGACGAAGGCUAUGUAAUUGGUUCCUGUGAGAAAUUUGACAGAAAAGUUGUGAGUGACCUCAUAGAUCAUAAGCAAGUGAUGGUCCUUACUGCUAUCAAAGGGAAUUCUUAG